AACUAGAUAACAUUCUAAAUAUCAAACAUUUUAAAUAAAAAAGAUUAAAAAAGCGAGCGCCGAGUAAAGUUCAAACACCAGGAAUUAAAUAAGAGGAUCGAGGAAGAUUUUGAUAUUUGUAUUUAGAACAAAUACAGAGGAGGUUCCUGUGAUCAGCGGGUGAACGUCGCCACCAAUACCUUCGUUGCGAUCUGCAGAGGAACGACUGCUUUGUCCAAUCAGAACAGGACUCUCUUCAUAUAUACAAGUAGAAAAGGGUAUACUUUCGUUUUCCCAUCAGCUGUUUUCUAAAGUUUGUGAUGGCUCGUACUAAGCAGACAGCACGCAAGUCCACCGGCGGUAAGGCGCCGCGCAAGCAGCUGGCCACCAAGGCGGCCCGCAAGAGCGCCCCGGCCACUGGUGGCGUGAAGAAGCCUCAUCGCUAUCGGCCCGGGACCGUGGCUCUCCGUGAGAUCCGCCGCUACCAGAAGUCUACCGAGUUGCUGAUCCGCAAGCUGCCUUUCCAGCGCCUGGUGCGGGAGAUCGCGCAGGACUUCAAGACCGACCUGCGUUUCCAGAGCUCCGCGGUGAUGGCGCUGCAGGAGGCUUGUGAGGCCUAUCUGGUGGGGCUCUUUGAGGACACCAACCUCUGCGCCAUCCACGCCAAGCGCGUCACGAUCAUGCCCAAGGAUAUCCAGCUCGCGCGCCGCAUUCGUGGAGAGAGGGCGUAAAUUGGUGAGCGUAUGCUAGCCUAACCCAAAGGCUCUUUUCAGAGCCAACCACCUUUUCUACAAAAGAUGCUGUGUACCGU